UUCUCAGUUGUCAUCCUGCAUGACCAAGAUGUCUGCUAUGUCUGCAUCAUCAACGAGUGUCGGAAUUUCUAUUUUGUGUUGUGUAUUGUGUUAGUUUAAAUAGUUUGUUUAUAAAUCGCAAAUUAUACUGAAGAUACACCUUGGGAAAUUGACAAUUCCCAUCGCUAGUGCACGACAUAAAAUAAUGAGGUUUUUGGAUUUUUCAAUUUCCUGACUCCUCGCAGAACGAGAGAAUAAAUUAUAUUUCCAAUGGCGGAUUCAGUGGAAGAAUCUACAGCAGAUGUUAAUGUCUCGCUGUCGGAUAUUCCAACACCGCAGACCCCGGAUAACAGCAGAAAUCAAACGAGUGAUCUUGAAUCACCAGUAACAGAAAGUCCCAAACCCCUUAAGCCUGUUCUUGGUAAAUUACAAGCUAAAAAACGGUUAAUGGCAUUUGUUAAAAAUUACACUGCUAUUCCUAAUCCACUGCAAAAAGUAUCGAGACUGAAGCACAAAGGUCACAAUAAAAAGAAUGCGGAGGAGAAUAAAAGCAAAAAAGCAGAAAAGGUGUUGGCUAUUGAAGAAAUUGUGAGGGAGGAGAGCAAAAAUAAAUUGCUUCUUGCUCAAAGUUUAACAGAUGAACGAAGUAAUCGAGCUAGACGGGGAUUAUUGGGUUACCGAAGAAAAUCAAACAGCAGAGAAAGAAAGGGAAGAAACGAUUAUCAUUCCAGAUCUUCAGACAGAAAAUACAACGAUAGAAAACGUCCGAGAAGUAGAGAGAGAACAGACGUGCGUUCAGCGAAAGAUGAGAAAGAUCGUAAAGAAAGUAAAGAACAUUCCACUGAAAAAUUGCCAUCUUCUGAUAAAGAUACGAAGAAAAAAGAUAAGAAGGAUGAGAGGGAGAAAAAUGAGAAUUUCGAAAAUGAUGAAUUUUCGAAAGAAAAAACUGAUUUAAAAGUAAAAAGAGAUGAGAGUCGUGGUGAAAGUGUUGGUGAAGUGAAAGAAAAAAGAGACGAUAUUAAAGCAAAAGAGGAGAAUAAAGAGAAACAACGCGACGACACAAAAGAAAAACGAGAGAAUGAUAAGAGCAAAAAGGAUGAAACAAAGAGUAAACGAACCGAUGAGAAACGAGAGAAAAGAGGAGAAUCAAGAAGUAAAGAGACGAGAGAUAAAUCGAGUAAAGAAAAAGGAAAACGAGAUAAAGAGAAAGAAUUGAGUAAAUGUAAUUCGUGGGCAGAUUUGAGAAAAGUUGGAUUAUCGAUUGAUGAAGUUACUCGGAUUAAAAAAGGAGAGAGCGUGGAAAAGUCCGAGAAAGCAAGAACGCCGCAGGAUUUUGCCGAUUUAUUUGGUCAAAUGUUACUACUUGGUGAUCAUCGAAAACAUCGUAGUUCAUACGUCGCGGAUGGACUGAAUGGACCAAAAGAAUAUCCACCGGAAACUGUUCGUGUAACAAAAGCACGACCUCAAAUUCUUUAUUCAGAAAAUCCGGAAGUUGCACUUCUUCUCGAUCGUCGACAAGUGUUAAACGUCGUUCCACCUGAAAGGCGAGAAAAAAUGGGCGAUAUUUGUGAAGCAACUCAUAUAAAAAUUGUGACUGCAGAUAGUGAGGAAGGAAAUAAACAUCGAGGUUGGUAUCGUACAGCGGACUCAACGAAGGUUCAAUCUUCGAUUAAUGUUCAAUUUCCAAAAUCAAAAUGGGACAGUGAGGCAGAAGAAGGGGAAAUUGCUGAUGAAAAUGAAACUCAAGGAACUCCGAGAAUAAAGGAGGGACAAAAUGAUAAACACUCUGCAACGCCUGCAAAAUCUGACGCAAAACCCGUGCCGAAUUCAUCUGAAACUGUGAAUGAAGAGAAAAAUAAUAAGGAGGUAAAGGAAAAGAAUGCGAAUAAAAAAGAGGAAGUUCAGAAAGUGUCAGUUGAUAAGGAGGAACAAGAGGAAGAAGACAGCGAUGACGACGACGAUGACGACGAAGAAGACGAUGACGAUGAGGACGAUAGCGACGAUGAAAGUGAAGAUGAAACUGAAGACGACAAUGACAAAGUUGAUAAUAACGAAACAAAAAAGGAUGUUUCCCAAAAUUCAGAAAAAUCACUAGGAAAUGAAAAAUUAGCCUCCGAAUAUGAACAAUUCAUGAAAAUGGUAUCUAAUGACAGUCCCUCGAGAUCAUUAAAAAUUACACCAACAAUUUCACCUUCGAAUUACGACGAAUUUAAUCUCGAUUCAGAAUUAGUUAAACCGGCAGAUUGUAAAUUUAUCGAUCAAUCGUCAAUUGUUGACGAAACCACAAAUUUACAACAAGCAAAGGAGAAAAUUUCCAAUGAAGAAAUAAUUCCCACCGAUGAAAAAAUGAAUGAAAAAAUUGUAAGUAAAAAUAUUUCCGAAAAGGAAAUAAAAACAUUGGCUACAAACGAAAAGGGAGAAAAAAUUUCAAAUCCCAUCGAGAAGGGUGAGAAAAAAAUUCAUAAAGAAAGAAAAUUACCAGAGAGUGAAAAAAUGGAGGAAGAAACGGAAAAUAUUGAACGAGACGAAGUUACCAAAAUUCAUGAAUAUUCGGAGAAAAUUAAUAAGAAGAAGAAUUGUAAAGAGGAUCAAGAUUCUGAUUCGCGAUCAAUUCCCAGUGAUUGGGAAAACGUUCGUAUUAAAGUUGAGCAAUUAAGUGACGAGAAUGUUGAGACAAAGAAAGUAAAGAAGAAACGAAAGCAAAAACAACGAUCGUAUUCAACCAGCAGUGAAUCGAGUUCCUCAUCAAGUUCUUCAGACUCCGAAGAGAAAGAGAAAACGAAAAAACGUCGAAAGAAAAGAGUCGUACAGUCGAGUAGCGAUUCGGACAGUAGUGAUUCGAGUUCGAGUGAGUCAUCAAGUUCGGACGAUACACGAAAAAAGAAACGAAAGCGCAUCAAGAAGAAAAAGAAGCGAGUGAAGAAGUCAUUGAAGAAAGCGAAAAAGAAACGCUCAAGAAAACGUGCCGCUUCGACAAGUAGCGAUUCAGACGACGCAAAAAAGAAGAAACGCCUCAAGAAGAAGAAAUUAAAGAAAAAAUUGUCCGAAGUCAAGGAGGAGACGUCACGCAAACGAAAGAGAAAAUCAUCCACAAGAUCACUGAGUAGUGACAAAAAUCUCAAGCGUCUUCAUAUUGAAAAAAUCGAGAACGAUUUGAAACGUAAGAAAAAACGCCGAAUUGAAAAAUCGAAACGCACAAAACUAACCAGCGAUCUUGAGAAGAGAAUUCUCGCCGAGGCACUUUCGCCAAACAGUGUUCUAUUGAAGGAAUGCGACACCGGUAAGGAGCAAAAUCUCAUUCAGGAACAGGCCCGAAAGCAAAAGAAGAAGAAGCGCGAAGUGAGUGAAGAUCGUCUCUCCGAAUGGGAGAAGGAAUCAAUAUUGAUGACACGGCAAAUUGAAGGCAGUCUCGAGCACGAAUUAACCUCCGACGAUAGUUCCGAGAAGGAAAUAAUAGCAAAAGACGAUGAGAAGGAGAAACGAGACGCGAAGAAACGAGAGGAACGAAAACUAAAGAAACGCGAGGAAAUAAGAAUUCGAGAAGAAAAGGAGGCGAAAAAACGAGAAGAGGCCUUGAAGAAGGAAGAAAAGGUCAAAGAAUCAAAAGAAAACGACGACGACGAAGAAGAAGAAGAAGAGGAGGAGGAGAAGAAAAAAGAAAUAGAGAAGAAAGAGAUUGUUCUACCAGAAAAUGUUGUGGAAGAAAUUUUGACACUAGAUGAAAAACAAAAACCGGAAGAAAUCGGAAAGAAAGAGACUGAAAUUCUCACCGAAUGGGAAAAGGAGAGUCAAAGAAUAACCAACGUUUUGAAAUUAAUCGACACCGAGCCUUUGAAUGUGACGCAACUCUCUCAUCUCGAUGAGGCGAGAAAACGUGAUAUUCUAGCCGACGAGUGGGAAGUCGAUAGUCUCGAAUCAAUUCGAGAUGCAAAGUCCCGAAAGAAAAGUUCCAUGCGCCAUGAGAAGGUGAAAUACGACGUGAAAACGGACACGUACAUUUCUGUCGAACGAGAAGUUGCCCGGGAUAACAAGAAAAAACAGGAGAGACUCUCGGCAAUUCGCAUCUGGGAAGAGGAGCAAGAAGAAGGCGACAGGGAGGAGGAAAUGUUCCUCAUUGAAGAGAAAUCAAAAAUACAAAAUUGGGACAUUGAGAAUGAAUUCACGAGGAGUGACUCAUUUGGCAGUGUGGAAAUAAAUACGGACGAUUUGCUGCAGAAUAAUUUGAAAGACGAGAAUAAGAGUGAGAAGAGUGUUGAUAUUGAAAAUGAGGGGGGAAAGAAGAAUGACAGUGGCGAUAGGAGGAGAAAGAAAAGUCGAUGGGACGUUGGAAAUCAAGUGGAGGAUAAGGAUGAUAUUAAUAUGACGCCGGUUAUGUGGGAGGAGGAGGGUACGGAUUGGAAAAAGACUUCUGGUACUGAAUCAGCCCUACUGCAUUUGGCUAAAGUCAAAGAACAAAUUAGUCCCAUUCUAGAGAAUCUUCCGGAGAAAAUAAAAUUGGAGGAUUUUCAUAUUACAGAUUCGCCGGAUGUGUUUCAGAAGAAAUUGCAGAAAAUGGGAUUGGCGGACGAUUGGCUCGCGGAAGGUAAUCUUGAGAAGGAGGGAAUUGUUUGUAAGAAGGAGACUGAGAAAUCGGAGACGGAAGCAACUAUAAAACUCAAGUCGAUUGUCGAACUACAAAAUCAGGAGGCGAAAAAUAUUGGUCUUUACAGUCCCAGUUCUCCGGCUCUUUCGCAAAAAUCCGAGAUUUCGAGCGAAGGCGAGAAGCAGAAGGAAAAAGGGGAAUUACCUGGAUUUGUGAAAGGUCCACUUUGUAACAUUCCUUUGCCAACCGAUGUACUAGCUAAAUCUUUAAUAACUCCCACACUUUUGAAGGAGGAAAUAAAAGUUCGCCUCGAGGAAAAGAAAUACGACGAUCCGGACAAAUAUAAUGAUUUACAAUUGGAUAGUCUAAAUCCUGAGAAUGAGGAUAUAAUUGAUUUACAUCCGGGAAUUUUGGAAACUGAACUUAACGAAACAAGCGAUAAAGAAUCAUCAGUCGAUGAACAAGUUCCAUUGGUUAAUACUCCAAAGGAGGAAAAUAUCGUCGAGAGUAAAAUUUCCCUGAAACUUGUGUCAAAACCACUUCUCAUACGUCGACCAAUCGAUUCCUCAGCAAAUCUCGAUUCAAAUUUAAAACAAGUUUUUGAAAAUCCUUCCGAUUAUGAGGAAAAUUCCAAAGCACAAGAAGAAGGAAAAAGCGCCAAAGAGAACGAAAAAAUUGAAAAUCAAAAAGCAGAGAAGAAAGUAACUGUAAAAUCUGAGAAAGUUGAGGGAAAGAGUGAACCACGUGAUAAAGUGUCGAGUAAACGGGACAAAGAUUCGGAUUCUCAACGAUCAAAGUCACCGGUUAAGGAGAAAAAAAGAAGUCCUAGAAAGGAUCGUGAUAAGAGAGAAGGUGACGAUCGAGCUAAAAGUAGAGGGCACUAUAGUGAUACUAAAGAUAAGGAGAAGAGUCGAAGUGAUAAGGAACGAGGUACGAAACCAGUGCACGAUGCUAAACGACGAGCGACGAGUCCACUGUGUAAUCGAGGAAGGACGAUUAGAGGCGGAAGUCCUUGGGAAAAUGAGAGAAGUCGCAGUCGAAGUAAGGAUCGUAGUCGAACUCGAAGUUUCAGUCCAAGUCCAAGAAGAAGGGAUGACAGCAGAGACAGGGACAAGAAGUUUGAAGAUGAUCGAUUUUCAAAGAGUAACAAAUUCACAAGCGAUCGUCGAGACAGGGGAAAUCGAAGUCCACCUAAGUAUAAAGAAAAUCGGAAACGACCUCUACAAAGAUUAUCACCACUGAGAAGUGAGCGCGAUCGGCCAAAGAGAAGAUACGAGGAUAGUAUGGAACGCGAGAGGGAAAAACCUUACGAUCCAAUGGAAAUUUUGCGAGAAAAAAGUUUAGAUCCAGAAAGACUACGAAAUAACAGGUUUCGAAAUGAAGACGAAUCUCAAAAAUCUUAUUGGCGAUUUGGUGAUGAUAAUUGUCGAAGAGAUGACGAAGAAUCAUUAGACUCUUAUAAAAGUAGAAAAAAUUGUGCAUUAGAUUACGAAGAGAAAUCCUUCAUUAAAAAUCGAAGUUUAGACAGAAAUCUCGAUGAUCCUAUGUCAAGUCCAAUAGCUAUUAAGGCAUGCAGAAGUAGAGCGAGAAGUAUCGAGAGGAGAGAUCGAGGAUGGGAGAAGAAUCGUUUGUCACCUGAUUUGGGAUUAAAUCCACGUAGGGGUGACAAAUUCCCAAUGAGGCGUUCGCCAUUACGACGAAGAUCGCCGGCACGAUUGUCUAGAUACGAUUCACGAUCAAGAUCACGCUCUCGUUCUCGUUCGCGCUCACGCUCUCGCUCUUGGUCCAAAACGAGAUCAAGAUCGAGAUCUUUGACAAGAUCCAGAAGUAGAUCUCGUUCUCUGUCACGAUCAAGGGCGAGACUGAGAAGUCCGGAUCGUCGUCCUAGAUCUUUGUCAAGAUCGAGAUCGUUGACACCGGAGAGAGGAAGACGUGUUCAUAUGGAAAGGUUAAGGGAGGACGAUGUCAGGCUAAAGCCUUUGGAAUCGACGAUAUCUUGUCCCGAUAGAGACAGGCGCAUGGAGACAAUAAUACAGUUAACUGGUGGCAACGAUUCCGCGACUGACCCCACUCAAAUGGAAUCGGAAAGAAUUGCCAAUGAAAGUGUUGACAAUAUGAAUAGUUCACACUUUCGUUAUCCCAAUGAAACUGAAACUGGUAACGAGUAUAAUUACUUUUCUAGGAAUAAUCUCACUUAUCCUCCGCGUAUCGACGAAACACCAUCGUCUCCAAAGCGUCUGUCUCUUGACGAAAGACUUGAAUUGGAAUUGGGAAUAAAGAAACCAACACCUUCUGGAGAUUACAAUCCUGGAAAUUUCAAUUGUAAUACGUAUUCCCCUUCGAUUCAGCAUCAAAGAGGUUUUCAUCAGCCACCUACAGUCUUGCAGGUUGGCAAUGUUUUGCAAGUGGUACCUGGAGAUUUUGCGGGAAUGUCAACAUCGGGAGCGAUGAGAAAUGAAGUGCCUGUGACUUCGCCAGCGGGUGCGAGUAAAGUUGUUCGAGUUGGCAAUGUACUGCAGGUCGUGCCUACAACAACAAUUGAUUGGAGUAAUAAUCCUCAAUCUUCAAUCGAUCGUAAAAAUACAACGAGAUAUCCGGUUAUUAUUCCUCCCUCACCCGUUAAUACUCCCAUUUCUGUGCCAAUUCCAGUUCCACUUCCCGUACCCGGUCCUGUUGCUGUUAAUCCCCAAGGUCUCAUUACCGCCGUAACUACUGGACCCGUCACUCUGCCACUUACAAAUCCCCUGAGUCUUCCCGUUCCAUUACCAAUUCCCGCGAAUAUCACAACACCACCAAAAACUAAACCCGCAGCACCACAAGUACCAGCAAUGGCGGUUUACGAUUAUGAAGCAAUUCUCGAGGUGCGUCGACGAGAGAAGGAGGAACGUAAACGAGUUCGCGAGGAACGCAAGAGAGAGAAGGAGCGAAGAAAAAUGGAACGUGCCAAGAGACGAGCUGAUAAAAUUUUAGGAAGAAAACUCCUCUCGAAAUGUAAUAAUGAUUCCGAGUUGAAGAAAUUAGAACAAUUGAAAAAGAAUCAACCUACUGAAGAGGUGACAGUGUCUGAUGUUUUGGCAUCGCUAGAGGAUGAGAAAACGGAAAAAGCAGAAUGUACAAAGGAAAAUUUGAAGGAGGAGAAGGAGGACAAGGAGGAAGGGGAGGAAAAGAAUGAGAGUGCGAUUGCAAAUGUGGAAAAAGCAGCGAACGAGGGCGAAGAAGAGGAAGAAGCCGAAGAGGAAGACGAACACGAGGAAGAGGAGGAAGAGGAAGGCGACGAGGAGGAUGAAGAAGAGGAGGAGGAAGACGAAGAUAAACAAUCUAGUCGACUGGCACAAUCGGACGACGUUGCCACUGCCGCCGAAUCUGAGGAGGCCGUCCAACCGGAAGUCGAUGCCAGAGAAUGGCCAUCCUUACCUCCGGCGCCAUUGAAAGGAAUUCUCGUCUGUCCCGGUUUCGGUGGAUUAUCGAACGGUGAUGCGGAUGCUUCCGAAGAUGAGAGCGAAGAGAAACCCGAAGAGGAGGAGGAUGACGAAGAAAUGAAAAACAUAAAUCGUGAAGAGAAUAAAGAUAAUGACGAUGAGAAGGUAAAUAUGCGAGUGAAGAAGAAGAAAUCACGAAGAAUUCAGCGUACGAAGAAAAAUGUUCAAUUCGCUGAUGGAAUAAGGCCUGGCGAGGGUACUAGUCCAAGUGGUGGUGAGGGUGAAAUGCCAUCUCCACCACCUCCAACGCAAGUGGCAAUCUCCAAAGAAAGUGUACUCGAACUCAUCAGAAAGUCACGAUACAGAAAGAGCAGGAGGAAGCAGAAACGGGUUAAAUCAUCGAAAACGAAGAAGAAGGUUAAGGUGAAAAUAAUAAAACUGAAGAAACCACGUAUAACGCCAUUGACUGCAUUGAUGUUGGAGGAUUCGGAUGAGGCGGACGAUCGUUCACCACCGCCACCGCCUCCUGGUUCCCCGCCGCCUCCUCACAUGUGGCCGAGCUAUCUUGCCGCUUACAAUGCAGCUCUGAAAACUGUCACGUCAAAUCCACUGCCUCCACCUGCUCAACCGCCACCACCGCCAACGCCAUUGCCACUACUGGUACCACCACCUCCUCUUAAUUAUACAAUUCAGCCUUGCAGUAAAGCCUUGAGUUGAACUCAUAUUUUGACAACACUCGUUCAGGUGGAUAAAAGAAAACAGCCUUUUUUUUGUACAUAGACAAAAAAGUAAUAUUACAAAGUAAUAUAAGAAAAUGACACGCUUUCGCGGGUAUUUCGACCUUUCUCCGGGUCCCAUCGUUUAUCAAUAGUGUUCACGUAGUUUUCAGAAAUAUUACGUUCGCCAAAAAAAAAAGAAAAUGAAAAAACACAGUGAAUCUUGGUAACGAUCUCUCACUCUCUCCGACGAAAUGUAGUUUUUUAAUUUCAAUUCUAAAAAUUGAAUGCAUAUGUUCAAUUCUAUAAAAUUGAAUAUAUAAUUUCAAUUCUUUAGAAUCGACUAUAUAAUUUUAAUUAUAUAAAAUCGAAUCGAAUUUCAAUUAUAAAAUUGAAUAGAAAUAUAAUUUCGAUUAUGUAAAAUUGAACACGGAAUUUCGAUUAUAUAAAAUUAAAUAUUAACUUCAAUUAUAUAUAAAUGAAUCGAAAUUACAAUUAUAUAUAAUUGAAAUUAAAAUUGCACCCGUAAAUUUAAAUAGAAAACAAAUUUCCAUUAACACAAUUUUCUUUUUUAACGGCAAGUUUUAUUUUCGUUUACAAGCAUUAUUUUUUUACCAUUCUUAUCCUUUUUACAGAAACUUUUCAACUAAAUUUUUUUACUCGAUUCUUUUUUACAUUUUCAUUUCUCUUUACUGGAUUUUAUUGCUAAAAACUUGCUAGUUACCAGAUUUUUUGUACAAAUUAAUAUAAAUGUAUUAUUAAUAAUUAUAAUAUUAAUAUUUAUAAAAUCGAGAAAAUUGUAUUAAUAUUUUUUAGCUCUUUAAGUUUUUGUAUUUUUGUUUUAAAGCAGGAGAGUGUGAAGAUGAGUUACUUUAAAACACUAGACUAAUUAUUAUUUACGUGUUUUUUUUCAAAUACUCAAAUUUCUUUGCUCAUUAAAAAAAUAUAGUCGAUACUUGUGCAAAGAAAAUUCUCUAAAUAAAUCUUAAACAUACGCAAUUUA